UGCAAAAAUUAUACAGCAUGCUGCUCUUAUCACAAGCACGGAACAUUUCUCCACCGGAAGACAAGGAGAUCUUUCAUUUCUCAUCAAAAUAAGAAACCAAAGUCCGCUUCCGUCUAGCUACUGGGGCAUCGGUAAGUAGAGAUGUAGAAAUACUUUGUUUAAUUCUGUUCCAAAGCUUGUGUUCAUCCCCCUCCACGGAGAGGGCAGGUCAGAAGCCCCCGUUCAUCCACCCGCACAAGGACACCUCUCGCUCCCGCCGCCUCCAGCCGCUGCCGCUGCCGGAAAGGCGCGGCCCGGCCCCGCCCUCGGCGCUGCGGGCCCGCCAUGGCGGCGGCGCGGCCGGCGCGGGCCCGGGCCGUGCUGCAGCAGAGCGUCUCCGCCCGCCUGCAGGUGCGGCCGCCCGAGCGCGGCUCCGAGGCGCAGUGGGUGGAGAUCCAGAGGGGGCUUGUUAUCUACAUAUGCUUCUUCAAAGGUGCUGAUGAAGAUCUUGUUCCAAAAAUCGUUGAUACGCUGUUGAAUGUUAAAUUAAGUGAAAAUGAAAACGGCGAGUUUGUCUCUGUUCUUGAUUUACCAGGCGAUGUACUCAUCAUACCACAAGCUACCCUAGGUGGUAAACCAAAGGGAAGAAAGAUGCAGUACCAUGCAAACAUUGAAAAAGAAAAAGGGUUCGAACUUUAUUCUCAGUUUGUGACUUUAUGUGAAAAAGAACUGGCUGCCAAUGCCAAAUGCCGGGAAGCCGGUGUUCUCGUCAAGCACGGCACGUACGGAAACAGGCAGGUGUUAAAACUGGAUACAAAUGGACCUUACACUCAUCUGAUCGAAUUUUGAAAAAAUAAAUUGUAUCCUGAAUACA